AUGCGCCGCGCCUUGCUCCUCCUCUGCCUGCUGGGCGGCUUCGCUGAGCUGUUGGCUGCUGCCGCCCGGGAUGCAGUUGGCUGUGGAGUCCCAACAAGGUUAAGCUUUGCUGAGCUGAGGAAUGAAUAUAAAAAUCAGAAUUACUUUCCCGUUUGGAAUAUUGCAAAAUACACUUGUCGGCCUGGAUAUGGAAGAGACCCACAGCUACAACCCACUAUUACAUGCCUUGAAAAUGGAAGGUGGUCAGAAGCACGCGAGUUCUGUAAAAAGAAAUCGUGUGGUCAUCCCGGAGAGCCGGAGAACGGCAGAGUUAUUAUAUCAGAUCUCCUCUUUGGGUCAACCGUCAACUUCACCUGUGAAGAAGGGCACCGGUUGAUUGGACAGCCUUACGGACGAUGUGAGAUUUCUGGCCUGCGUGUUGCAUGGAGUGGUGAAGUUCCCAUUUGUGAGCGUAUUCCGUGUCUUCCACCUCCUGACAUUCCCAAUGGAAGGCACACUGGGGUGAUAAUGGAUGACUUCUCUUAUGGGUCAUCUGUAACCUACAAAUGUGACAGUGGCUCCCCAGCCACUGGAAGGGCCUCUAUUCACGGCACAACCAAGGACGGGCUAAACGGAGAGUGGAUGCUGCAGUGUCCCUCUCCUCCAGCCAUUGCCAACGGGAAGCCCAGUGGCUGGGACUUGGCAGUGUUCACCACUGGAAUGUCUGUAAAUUACAGCUGUGAGACCGGCUACUCCCUAACUGGGCAGGCAUCUAUUUAUUGUACGGUAUCCGGAACUUGGAGCCCUCUCCCCCCUCAGUGUGAAGAGGUUCUCUGCAUCGCCCCAGAAAUCCAACAUGGAAGAAAAGUAGCUGGACGUGGACCUGUCUAUAGACCCAGGGACAUAGUUAGGUUUGAAUGUGAUCCUGGCUACACCCUGAAUGGCAGCCAUCAGAUUCAGUGCCAAGAUGAUAGAACGUGGGCUCCUCCAGUUCCAGUCUGCAUACAGGCGUUGCCGUGUCCCCCACCUCCGGUCAUUGUCAAAGGGAAGCACAAUGCCAAGCCAUUGGCAGCUUUCCCCAGUGGGACAUACGUGAACUACAGCUGUGAACCCGGCUACGCCCUCCGGGGAGAGGCUUCAAUCUAUUGCACGACAGAAAACGAGUAUGUGGAUCUCAUAUUCAAUCUGUGA